AACCAGGAAGUACCGGUUUCACAACAAGGACGGCAGCAGCUGCGCGUUCUCCUGACUUGUCAAAACUGGCAUGGCGGGGGCGGCGGUGCUGAGGGCUCUCCGGACCCUGCGCCCCCGGACACCAGUCGCGAUCCUAGGCAGGUUCCCGGCCCCGCUGGAGUGCGUCCUAACGCCGGCCUCACGCGUGUUGUACCCGCCGUGGAGGACCUCCACUGUCAGGACGCUGCAGCUGUGCUCCGCCUUAUGUGCCGGACACAACAAGUGGUCAAAGGUGAAACACAUUAAGGGACCUAAAGAUGAAGCGAGGGGCCGGAUGUUCAUGAAGUUUGGUAUGAUGAUAAAGAUAGCGGUGAAAGAAGGGGGCUCCAACCCAGACAUGAAUGUAAACUUAGCCCACAUACUGGAGCAGUGCAGAAGCAAGAACAUGCCUAAAGUAGCCGUAGAGGCUGCAAUCAAGAGUGCGGAAAAAGCUAAACCAGCGUCCCAGCAUAUGUUUGAAGCUCGGGGGCCCGGUGGGUGUCUGCUGCUCAUCGAGGUCCUGACGGACAACAACUCGCGUACCCACCAGGAAAUCAAACGCCUGCUUAACAAGAACAGAGGGAUGCUGUCAGACGGAGCGCGCCACAACUUCAACAGGAGGGGGGUGGUUUUGGUGCCAGGCCAGAACGUCUCGACAGAGAGAGCUCUGGAGCUGGCCAUCGAGGCGGAAGCCGAAGAUGUCCAAGAGACCGAGGAUGAGGAGGAGCAGCCCCUCCUGCAGUUUAUUUGUGACAUGGCAGAGGUGAGGAAGGUGCGGGCCUUGCUGGAAGAGCUGGGAAUGCAGAUUACGUCUGCCGGGUUGGAGUUUGUUCCCCGCGCCCUCUCGUCUCUGGACCAGGACCAGCUGGAUGCUGCUUCAACACUAAUAGAAGCACUCAAUGACUGUCCAGACGUAGUUCGAGUCUGGGACAACAUCCAGGCGGACAGCUGAGCACGGACACUUGGUGGACACUGAAUAGCUCAUAUGUGGGAUAGUUGAUGUCACAGAGAAAUGAUACAUGAACUACUUGUCAACACCUCAUGCUGCUUUUCAUUAUCAGCCUGAAAAUACGAGUGUAUUGGUCAUUUCAAUGCUUUCUUUGUGGGACUUGGAAGUGAAAUGUAAUUGUGGUCCUUGUUCAAAUCUAAAGUGAUAUUUCUUGAAUAUUUUCUCUCGUCAGCGUGUACUUAAAGAAGUUCAUCAACAGCAGGACUCGAGCAAACAGAAGUGAAAUAACGUCCAUAUUUGCAUCUCUUCUUUUACGUAGACGCUGUAAAAACAGAGUUUGCCAAGCACGUCUUAAAAAAAUGGUUAGCUAGUCAUUCAUCGGAUCCUAGAGAAAUGAAAAUGUAUUAUCAAAGUGUAAUUUCACUUUCAUUAUUUGAGGAAGGAAGCAAUAUUUAUAUAUUAACAAGGAUCAAUUAAAAGAGCACUCAUUUAAAGAUCCUCUCUAGACAUAAAAAAACCCUGAAUAAUAAUUUGUUCAAUUACCUCUUUAAAAAGGUAUUAAAUUACAUC